AUGGGCCAGACACUUUCUGAGCCUGUUGUCGAGAAGGCUUCAGAGAAUGGCGGAGACGAACGACUACUCUAUGGCGUGUCGGCCAUGCAGGGCUGGCGCAUCAGCAUGGAGGACUCUCACACGACAGUACUCGACCUGCUCGCUGGCACUAAGGCUGCCAAGGACCACAGCUCGAAACUCUCCUUCUUUGGCGUCUUUGAUGGCCACGGCGGCGACAAGGUAGCGCUGUUUGCGGGCGACAACAUUCACAGCAUUAUUGCGAAGCAGGAUACAUUUAAAGCCGGCAACUACGAACAGGCUCUCAAGGAUGGCUUUUUGGCGACCGACAGAGCUAUUCUCAACGAUCCCAAAUACGAGGAGGAAGUGUCCGGCUGCACUGCCUGCGUGGGCCUGAUUACGGAAGACAAGAUCUAUGUUGCGAACGCUGGUGACUCGAGAGGCGUCUUGGGCGUAAAGGGCCGGGCGAAGCCCCUUUCUUUUGACCACAAACCACAGAACGAAGGCGAAAAGGCGCGAAUUACGGCUGCAGGUGGCUUUGUCGACUUUGGCCGUGUCAACGGGAACCUGGCCCUGUCAAGAGCCAUUGGUGAUUUCGAAUUCAAGAAGAGCGCCGAGCUCGCGCCAGAACAACAAAUCGUGACAGCUUAUCCGGACGUUGUGGUUCAUGACCUGGGCGACGACGAUGAGUUCCUCGUGCUUGCUUGUGACGGUAUCUGGGAUUGCCAAUCUUCCCAAGCCGUUGUCGAAUUCGUCAGGCGUGGAAUCGCUGCCAAGCAGGAUUUGGACAAGAUCUGCGAGAACAUGAUGGACAACUGCCUGGCCUCCAACUCGGAGACGGGAGGCGUCGGCUGCGACAACAUGACCAUGAUCAUUGUCGCUUUCCUCAGGGGACGGACCAAGGAAGAGUGGUAUGAGGAGAUUGCCCGGCGGGUUGCCAACGGAGACGGUCCUUGUGCCCCGCCCGAAUAUGCUGAGUUCCGCGGCCCCGGCGUGCAUCACAACUUUGAUGAUAGUGACAGCGGGUAUGAUGUCGAAGAGAACAAGCAAGGUGGUGGCUCUGGCAGAAGCUUUGGCAUCGGUGGUUACAAGGGCCGUAUCAUCUUCCUGGGCGAUGGGACCGAGGUGCUGACCGACUCAGACGACACUGAGAUGUUUGACAACUCGGAGGAGGAUAAGGAUCUCGCAAGCCAGGUGUCCAAAGCGUCGUCAGUCGAGGGUGGCGAAGCUGCUGCCGGGAAGGAGCAGGAGAAGAAGCCCGAGCCAACGCCAGAGGCUGCGGGGAAACCUAGCGGCGAGGCGGAGAUGAAGAAGGACGCUUAAGUAUAGGGUCAGAGGGGUAGUCUCUGGAGGAUGGCAUCUCGAGCAUGUCUGUAUGGCUUUUUCUGUUAGCGUAUCGGCGGGAACUGUUGUGGGAGGGGGGAGGGGUUGUGGAAUACCCGUAAAGGGGUGAAAUGGAGAGGGUCUGGGGGAGGGUCUGGGGAGGUAAAAGCCGGGAGCCAGUUGGCUGAACUGGACUUGGGGUCUUGGGAUGGGGAAGAAUGGGUUGAAAGGGAUUUCAAGGAAUCUUUUUUGUGGAAAGCAAGACAUAACACUCGUCAUCAUCUCCCCCUCUUCAACAACAUCAGCACAACACACACGAACAACAAGCAUGAUUCAUUCAGAAACUCUUGAUCCUGCUCCGCCUGUCUCUCUUCCCGUCGUCUCGUUACCAUUGUGCCUGUACUGUUGCCCCUCUGGUCUGAGUGAGAAGGGGAACCUCUUGUUUUCCUUGUUUUAUUUUCUUUUUUCCUUUUUACUCUCUUGUUUUACACUUUUACCCUAUACCUAUCUAUUCUACGCGAUUUUUCAUGUCCUGCCUUGAUACAUGCCUGAAGAAAUUGAUGACAAAAUACGUGAUUUGAUCACUGAGCAGAGUAAAGCUGUCUGGUCCUGUAUGCGUAUAAAGGCGG